AUGGACACAGAAUAUUCCAAGCGGGUGUACCAGGGAGUCCGGGUCAAGCACACGGUCAAAGACCUGCUGGCGGAGAAGAGGUCCCGGCAGACCAGCGGGCCCCGAUACAACGGGGGGUCGCCCACGCCGCCUUCGUUCGUCCAGAUGUCAGCAGGCUCUCACAUGCUUCCCAGCUACUACGGCAUGAGGCGUCCCUUCACCUCCGACUCGGACUUCUGCCCGUCCACCGACGCCUACCCGCCUCCUCUGGGCGGGAAGCCUCUCGGCUGCGAGCCGGCCUCCAUGACCAGCUACUCCUCCUUUAUCGAUUACUACCCGGAGACCUUCGGCGAUUACCGCAGCGCCGCCGCCUUCUCCAGCUCCGGGGGGGCCUUCCUGCCCUCGUCGGCCAUAUCGUCCCUGCUGCCUCCCUACGGAUCAGAGUCCUCCCACCUGUUCCUGAGGGACUCGUGGGAGCAGUCAGUCCCGGAGCCCGUGUCUCAGGCGGAGGCUCUGUGUCCGGACGGCCUGGCCUCCGUCAGCGCCCCGCCCUCCAUGCCCAGCCCGGAGCCCCCAGGCAGCCCCUCUCAGUACCGCUCCCCGAGCAGAGGCUCCUCCAUGGGCCCCGGCAGCCAGCCCUACACCCUGCACCCCCUUGAGGAAGCCCACUACCACCCCUUGACCUCCAGCGGCUCCUACCCGGUAGCCUCCGCCUCCUUCGCCUGCCCGUCCUACAUGCACACCCCCAUCAGCGACAUUGUGACCAAGAUGGUGACGGAGGAGGCGGCCGAUGGCCACGCCGGCCUCCCCUCCGAGGUCCACCCGUCCUGGGCCAAAGAGGACGGAGUGAGCCCCUGGUCGCCCUACGAGAUCCGGAGGGCCUACUGACCCCAGUUGGGGGGGCUGGGGGGAGGCGGAGGAGGGCGGGGUCACAGACUAUUAAACAAUGAACUCAACAAGCACUGCAGAACGGGAUGCUCUGGAAGUGUUUGAUCGGACAAUUGAGCCUUUACAACCAGUUUUGCUUGAUCUGAUGGUAGAUGCCUUCUUUGUUGUGGUGUGAUUUUGUAUGAAUUGUAUUGUCUUGAAUAACAAACUAUUAGCCUUAAAAGUGAAAUAGUGUAGGGUCGCCUCAUGCGUGAUGUACAAUACAUGAGGACCCUUAUUGAGCCUUGAACUUCGGUAUGUUCAGGCUUUCAGGUUAAACUGUUGAGUAGCUCAAAUAAAUUGAAACCAUAUAGAUUAUGAUAUAGUGAAAUAUGUACAGUAGUUAUAACCAUCCGUGUGUAGUUACUUAAAUAAACAUGAAAUACAUUACAGUACAUUAA